UUAAGUUGCAAGUUUUAGCUCCCAAUAACCAUACAGUCACGCACACUACGGCGCCCUUCGGCCACGCCCUCCCCCAGCUUUGUGGCCACGCCCUAGCCCCGUGUGCACCCCCGGGUCCAAUCCACCAAUCGCAGUGCAAUUUGAGAUUACAAGAAGUAGUGGUCUAGCCAGUAGCGUGCAAACAAGCGAUAACCCAGACUAAGCACAAGACAGCGCUACUUCGCAGACUUCGCGGUGGCUCACAGCUUAAUCGACGGCACUCGCAUCAUGGACCGUCCACAGGAGUGCGGCCGCGAGGACGCCAGCAACCAAAGCCUGGGAAUUGAUAAGAAGCCGACCGAUAGCUCGGUGAUUGCAGUGGGAGGAGACGACCACGGGCAGAAGAUAAGGCCCGAACCUGAGCAGGGAGCAGCAGCAGAAGGCUGCGAUGCUGGCGCGGGCGCCCUUGGCCCUGUGAACGACAAUGAGAACCAGAAGGGCGGCGGUGGCGACGAGAAGCCCAGGCUGCAGGAGUUGAAGGAGCCAGGCCACGAGGCCGCUGAGGGUUUCCAGGCUGGGGACGAGGAGCAUGGCGAUUUCUGCAACAAGUUCAGCCAAUUGCAACUGCAGGAACUGGAGCGCGUUUUCCAACGCACUCAAUACCCCGACGUGUUCGCAAGAAAGAAACUUGCAAUACCCCUGAGUGCUACUGAAGGCAAAGUGGAGCUCGAUAAACCUGAAAAAAACAAUUUGCCAUAGAAGCCAUUCUAAAACCUGCUUCAAGACUUCAGACACCUUUCUAGGCAUUCUCAAGCUGCUGUGUUUUUGUUGCCUUUUCCAUGUUUGUGAAAUGAGUUUUGAAUUGGGGUUGGGGGUUGGGGAGUGAGAAAUGAGAUAAGUAAACCUAAGCAUAUGGGUAUUUCUCAUUACCAAAAGAAAUAUGACUUACUCAUGAAAGAAAUAAAAAUGAAAUUCAAACUGAG